CCAGGGCGGGAGUCUGACCAUGCCAGCCGUCGCGUCGUCUCCUCAACCAGUGCGUUCGGCCACGGAGCCCAAGGAGUCCUUGGAGGGGCAUACCUCUCCUCCCCUACGAGCGCACCGGGCCUUGCAAAGCCGACCCUGGAGUCAUCAACCAGGUACAUGGCGUCUCCGCCCCGCUUCAUGAACCCGGCCCCCAAGCCCGUCACGCCGCCGGUGCUGCCGCCGGUGACGCUGCCGACGCUGCCGGCGCCGGUGCCGGCACCUAUGAACCCAUUGGUGUUAGUGGCUAGCUUCCACAGCACCACCAGCAGCAGGGCUCCGGGAGGUGUGACCUACACGGGCACCCCGAGCUAUGUGAGCUCGCCGAGCUAUGUGAUGCAGCCCCAAAACGCUCGCGCUCUGUCUCAAACAACGGUGAUGAGCAACAUCUCCGGCACUUUGUCACCCAAGGUGAUGGUCGGGGGGCACCCCGUGAUGAACGGCAGCCGCCAUUGGUUCAUUGAGAUGAUGGAAAGGAUUUGGCCUUCAACAUCAAGGUACCUUUGCAAGCAAUUGCUCAGCAACUUCGAUGAGGGCGACACAAGCCAAGCUAAGCUGGAGAAGAUGGUCAAGGACAUGUCGCAGAGGCCCCCGCCAUUGCCCAUCAAAGCGGAUUUCAUCAACUUCAUGCUGCAGCAAGUUUGGGAGGUUGUGCAACCGAGCGUGUCGAAAGCUGUCAAGGAGAUGCUGAAGCCCAAGCUGCACUCGGCCCUCAGCAUGGUGGCGCCUGUGGACAUCAACCCCUGUCUGUUGGGGGAUACGGCGCCGCAGAUGGACGAGAUCGAGUUGCUGGAAGAUCAAGGAUUGGGCAAUUUGAUGGAUCUCAAACUGCAUUUCUUUUGGCACAGCGAACCGGACAUCACCGUGGAAUGCAAAUUGGGAAGUGUGGCUUUACCCAAGUUGAAGUUGGGUUUCACCAUGUAUUUGGGCCUCCAGGGAGAGUCUGAAGAGCCGCCAUUCUUCAAUGCAGCCAUGCUCUACAUGGGAAACGGCUUCAUGCACGCGCGGGAUGUGCUGAACACCAAACAGGAGAAAGAGGAUCCUUACAUCGGUAUGACCUUUGGCGACGCCUGGCAACUUGGCGAUGCUGAAUCCAGGACAGGCUUUAGCACCAGCUUUGUGGAAGAUGCGGUGGUCGGAGCGCUCAACGGUGUCAUCGUGCCAAAGCUCGUGCUACCUUCCCGCAUGUUGCUUCACGUUGGCCAUGGCAUGGUGGCACACGAUCUGAUGAUGCCAAAGCCUCAUGGAUGUCUGCAGAUCACUGUGAAAGGCGUCAACGGUUUGGUGGGCACCGAAUGGAAGCUGCAGAGUAUUCUGACGGGCGCACGCUCCAACGACCCGUAUGUCACAGUGGACCUGGGUGGAAGUGCCAACAGCCUCAGGCGUUUGCAGCACUUCAACCUUCGAGUCUACGACGAUGGUUUGCUGCAGAUGUUCCGUGAACAGCAAAUAGGCAUGGCGAGUCAGGAGGAUUUGAUGGCGCGGAAGUUGGGUCUCAGUGUGAUGGAUCUUUUCGGGAUGUCAUCUCUCGACUUCUACGAUAAGGAACAGGAGAAAAACUUCACCUGUUCUCUGGACACCAUUUGGGAAGGUCGGGAGGACCACGCAGAGUUGCGAAACGCCAAGCCUCCGUCCAUCACGCUGGGUCUGCAUUGGCGUCCCAUUGUCUACGGCCAGCCCUCCAUGCUACCGCAGGCCAUCUUUUUGGACGACGACGAGCCAGAGCCGGUGUGGCCGCACUUCGUGCUGCGCGUGUGCUUCGGGAAGUUCUCCAUCCACGGAACGGUGAUGCCUGGCUUCGACUCCACGGGGAGUCAUCAUGAAGAUCCCAAGGAAGGUGUUUCUGCAGUGGUGUCCAAGAAGGUCUACGCGCAGCACCAGCAGAACGAGGAUCGCACCGAAAUGGUGAGCAGGAUGACGGGUGGACGUAUGGGCCGAGCUUGCAAAGUGGCCACCUUUGAUCAGGGCUUCCGUUUCUGGGUGCGCGAUCCCAGGAAUACCAAGAUCCAUUUGACUUUCAACUCGGUGUCGGACUUCGACAAGACGGACACGCAUCAACUAGGUGAAUUGACCUUGGAAGUCAACUCCUUGCUGAAAGAGAAGGAUCUUAGCCUUGACAUCAAAAACGAGGACCUGGACAACUGGGAAGGUGGUGAUCUACCUGCACGAUUCUCAGGACAUUUGCAGCUGUACCAACUGCACGACUCCGCCAUCAAGCAGGCUGCGGCGUUGACGAAGAGUCAAGCCUCCCAGCUGCGGAAGGAGCAGGCGCAGAGGGAGGCGCAGGCGCUGGUGCAGAAGGCCUCGGCGCUGCGCGCGGAAGCGGAGGCCUUGGAACGGCAGGCAAAGGCGAAGGAUAGC